AUGCGCAUCUGGAACUCAGAGCAUACGUUCAACCACAGUUGGGACACGGUUGUGACGGCCGCAUGGAGAAAAUAUCCAAACCCUCACAAUCCUUCCGUGCUAGGCCUCGAUGUGCUUGAUCGCCGGGUUGACUCGGAGGGAAAGUUGAAGUCUCACCGACUGUUAAGUACUUCCUGGGGUUUCCCAUCAUGGGUGAGAAAGAUGAUUGGAAUGCAGGACAUGUGUUAUGCUAGUGAACUGUCCACUGUUGACCCAGAGAACAAAACCUUUACACUCAGAACUAGAAAUGUAACCUUGUCAAACAUAGUCACAGUUGAUGAACAUGUUACAUAUUGUCAACAUCCUACUGACCCAAACAAAACACUUCUAAAGCAGGAAGCCACAGUCACAGUCUCUGGUUUACCUCUGUGCAAUAAGCUGGAGCAGAUGAUGACUGAUGCCAUGACCAACAAUGCUUCCAAGGGGAGGCAAGCAAUGGAGUUUGUCAUUGAUAAAUUGACAAAAGAAGCCCGGGAAUUAUCUGCCGAGGCUCAGAAAUGCAUGGAUACUGUUUUACCACAUGCAAAUACUUUAUGA